AUGGCUCCUAAAGCCCCAAAGAUUGCCAAACAGCCCCAUUUCAUCUCUCCGGUCACCAAGUAUUCAAGGUCUAAAAUGUAUCAUAAGAGAAGACUUUGGGCUAUCAAGGACAAAAAAGGCGGCAUUUUCCCUCGCCAUGAUCCGAAGCCUGCCAUAGAGAACCCACCUCAGAAACCUCCCAAGUUCUACACUGCUGAUGACGUUAAGAAACUACUUGUCAACAAGUGCAAGCACAAGCCCACCAAGCUCAGGACGAGUAUUACUCCAGGGACGGUGUUGAUUGUGUUGGCUGGGAGAUUUAAAAGGAAGAGAGUUGUAUUCUUGAAGCAACUUUCAUCUGGCUUGCUUCCGGUG